AAGCGGUGCCCAUGGCAACCAACGUAAACACCAGUGGCCCCCCUCUCCCCCUCCUCCUCGUCUGCCUCUUCUUCCUCUCGGCUUUGCAACGGCGCCAAAAGCGGGAGAAAAUGGCAAGCUCGGCUCGCAGCGAGGACCACUACUACGAAAGGAUAACGUCAGCUCAGCAGAGCAUACACGAAAGGGAGAAACGGAGGCUGGAGCUGGAGAGGGAGCUGUUUGCUUACUCCAGAUCCGAUAAAAGAGCCUUACAGAUAAAGUGUUCCAAACUGCGCAGUUAUCUCAAGGAAAUCUGUGACAGGGAAGCACGAGCGAAAAUGAGAAACCUUGAGCUUCUGAGAGAUGUGGAGUGCAUAGAAAUUAGCAUGAAGGAAUAUAGUCCUGACCAUGCCCCCCUCCAACAACAAAAGGCUGAGUGUUUGAAAAAGAUUUCCAAAUUUAUGGAAGCAAAGAAGAAAAUGGAGCGGGAACCAGCAAAGGCUGAAGCUGUUCGUGCACAGCACCAGGACGGAUACGUCUCUCACCCAGCUAAGGAUUUUAAACAAGCACCAGUGGAAAUUUUUAUGGGCCACCAGACCUCCAGAGGGCCUGAUGCAGAAGCUGGCAGCACAAGUGUACACUCACACCAAGCAUUGCAUCAUUCACCCAAUCGCAGCCUGCACUCCCGCGAGCGUCUACCAAGUGGCCUUUUGAAGGACUUCACAGUCGGCGGAGAGGAUGCCGCCAGCAACCGAGCACAUUUAUCAGAUGACAUUUCAGGCUCAAACGAUUCCCCUGACGACGGUAAUUUGAGUGACAAACAUGAAAGAACGAUGGGGCCGCUCCCAUCUGUUCGUGCCUUAACAGGCACAGCUGGCGGUGUGGCUUUUGGAAGUGAUGAUGAACGGGAACCUUCACCUUUGGCGACCUUGACAGGGCCUGAGAAGAAUCCAUCUCCUGGCAGCAGAAGCCCGACGAGGACUCAGAAUUCCAUCGCAGAACACACCGACUCCAAAGAGGUGGCUCACGAGGCACGCACGAUGGAAGAUGAAGAGAGAGGUCACGGCCAUUUGAUGCUAAAAACCACUUUGGGAAAAGAAGCUGAAGAGAGAACAGGUAAAAGUGAGAGUGUCAGCACAAUGAGUUCAGAUGUGGAGUUGUCAGAGAGCACUGCUAGUGACCUGUCUAUUUCUCUGACACAAUCUGAGCUGGAGGAGGAUGCACCAGAGGGUGGGGCACAUGAGGGUAAUAAUACUCACGGAAGGCGUGAUCACAACCAGCACAGUCCUGAAUCGUCUCUGCACUCUAAUGGCUCCAAGAAAAUACUCCACUUAAACAGCAAAGCUGCAGUGGGGGCCUUGAAAAGUCUCUCCCAGGAAGGACUCUAUAAUCUGCUAGACAGCAUUGAAGGACGACUUCGCAGCGAACAGGCCAGUGUGUACGGGGAUUCUUCUGUCGAUGGACUCGAGCUCAGUAGAAUUAUCAGCCUUUGUGACGAUGGAGCGGGCUUGAAUGACGAGGACCUUGGAGCGUGUGGAGCAGUCGUCCUUCAUGAGCUUCAGAGGUUGUCAUGGAGCACAGAAAAGGGCUGCCUGCUACCACAGGAUCUGGUGUGUGCUCAUCAGGCCAGCACUGAGCCUAAUGAAAUAAGCACCAGCCUCCCUCCUAAUGCUGCUCGGCUGUGGGAUCGCUGGUUCAAGCACGCCCUUGUGCUCAAGGAGCGCCGCGUCCUCAGCACUGAGCGCUUGGUCCAACUGUUCACGCCGCUGCUGCUCAGCCGUCAUGCCACCUACAGCCACCAGGCCAAAGUGCUGCUGAGGACACUUCUGUCCCGGUCCAGUGAGGAGUGCCCCUCAGCAGAGGACAAGAGUGACUUAUCUUCUUUAUGUGGUCCUCCUUCUCUGCUGGCUGAUGGGGAUGCGAAGCCUGCCAGGCCCGUAUGGAAGCAACGGAUCCAAGAACUACAAAGUGCUGAAGAGGACAGCCAGGACGAAAGCCCUGUGGAAAGUGGUCCUAUUAGAGAGACAAAAGCAUAUCAGUUACUUAAACAAUCAGCCAUGAUGGAAAGGCGGCAGAGUUCUGAAGAGGAGGAGGAGGAUAGCCUCUCAGGAAUAAAUCAUGGCCAUGAAGAGGACCUGCGGAGGGCCAAAAGCUCCUCACAUCAAGACCCUUACCCUCGGAGAGAGAAGGCAAGCUCAAAGGCUAAUUCUACGCUACAGUCAAAAGAUUUCUGGGGUCAAUCGGAUGACAGCAACUCUGAGAUUGAAGCAGCCUUGCGUCCUCAACCUUUCAACAGCGAUGGCAUUCAUGACUUCUAUGAGUGAUAUUUCCACUGAGAUAUUUUUUUAAUGUACUAUAUUAUAUCACUGCAAAAUCUGCGGCAGAUUGACUCGUGGUAGUUCACCCGCUGACCAUUAUUUUAGUGGUCUGCAUUGUAAAUCGUAUGCACACUGUAUCAUAAAAACAAAUAAUAAAGUUGACAGCUCUCACGCUGGGUAAAGUAUGUGAAGAGUUGUCCAACACACUGAUGUUAA